AUGACUUCCGAAGAGAAUCGUCACUGGAGAAAUGUGCUGACUAUCGUGCCCAUCGUCGGCACCGCCCUGGCAACCCUGUCCUAUGUUCUACGGCUUUACUCCCGUCGCUUCACAACCGCUGGGCUGAAAUUGGAGGACUGGUUGAUGGGCGCUGGGUUGCUUCUGUCGUACUGCGCUACUGCCUUUGUCGUAAACAGCGUCAUGGAUGAUCCAGAAAUUUUGGGCGCCGUCCGCCGCGUUUAUAAAGAUCUCCAUUAUCGUGUUCCUGAAGCGGCUGCUCGGAACCCUCUUCUUGUCAACAUUUUUCAGUGCCGCCCCGUUCAGUACUAUUACAACAAGGAGCUGCGUGGACAUUGUAUGAGUGGACAGCGACAGUUUUUCCAGACAAUGGGAGCCAUUUCCUUGAUAGAGGAUAUUAUUAUUUUAUGUUUGCCUAUACCUAUUAUAUGGGGAUUACAUAUCACCUUUCGACAGAAGUUUGCAGUGAUACUCCUGUUUUCUCUGGGUGGCCUGGUCUGUAUAUUCAGUUUAAUGCGCCUGAUUGAAUUCCGCACGUUUAUUACUACUGAUUUAGCUUCAUCUAGUGCCAAGGAAUCUAUCUGGACCUGUCUCGAACUUGAUAUCGCUGUGAUCUGCGGUUGUCUUCCGCUGAUGAAGCCUCUCAUCCAGGGCUUCCUGGGCAAGGUCCGAAGUAGGGUUUCUAAAGCCCGUUCCCAUCCAUCAUCCAGCACGAAGCCGUACUACCCUUCGAGCGCCACACACAAUAAUGAUGGUUUUCGACAACUUGAUGACGUGUUGGAUUCUCAGGCCUCCAAGAAUCCUAAUGUUAUAGCCGGUUCCAGUCGAUGGAGCUCGGAUGUUGAACUGCAAGGCAUCGUGGUGCGCACAUGGAUUGAGCAGGAUGUUGACCGCCCGCACACGGUAGACUCGAACGAGACCAACCAUGGGCAUGUGUUGCCUUGA